AUGGAAGAGAGAGAAAGACAAAUGCGAGUUGAGUGGGUUUGCGUGAGGGAACAAAACAAAAGAAAAGAAAAGAAAAAGAAGAAAAUGCUAAGUCAGAGAGAGAAAAGGGCGAUUCCAGGUGUUACAGAUAGGUUGGGUUUGGCGCCGAGGAGUGAGCUCCUUCCAUUACUUGGUUUCUUUCCCUCUUUGUCUCAAAAUCUCUCAAGCCUUCAAUUUAGCAAAAAGAACAACGAUGAUAAGGCCAAAAUUUGGAAAUCGUUAAGCCACGAGCACUACGCAACAACAAGGAACGCACUCCCUGGCGUUCAGGGUGAUGCGACUUUGCAAGCCAUCGUUCCACAUCGAACCUCCAUUCCGACCUCUUCAUCGGCGAGGACAUAUUCGACGAUCCACUUGCCGCCUCUAGCCACGUCAGCGAUUUAUUUGGGAGAGACAUUCUUCAGCUAUAUUAGCAUCAAUAACAGCUCUAAUUUUGAAGUCAGGGACGUUAUUAUUAAGGCAGAAAUUCAAACGGAGAGGCAGAGGAUCCUUCUCUUGGAUACAUCAAAAUCACCUGUUGAGUCAAUACGUGCAGGCGGGUGUUAUGAUUUCAUUGUGGAACAUGAUGUCAAGGAACUUGGAGCUCAUACGCUGGUUUGCACUGUGUUGUACCAUGGUGAUGGCAAACGAAAAUAUCUUCCACAGUUUUUCAAAUUUGUUGUUGCAAACCCAUUAUCAGUUAGGACGAAGGUCCGCACUGUCAAGGAAACUACCUAUUUAGAGGCCUGCAUAGAGAAUCAUACAAAAUCAAACCUUUAUAUGGACCAAGUUGAGUUCGAACCAGCACCUCAUUGGAUUGCUACAAUACUAAAAGCUGAUGAAAUUCCGCCUGCAGAUAAUUCGUCAACUGGCGAGAUAUUUAAGCCACCUAUUCUUAUCAGAUCUGGCGGGGGAAUUCACAAUUAUCUUUAUCAAUUGAAAUUGUCUUCACCUGGUUCUGCACAAGUGAAGCUAGAGGGGACUAAUAUUCUAGGUAACCUUCAGAUAACAUGGCAUACAAAUUUGGGUGAACCUGGCCGCUCGCAAACACAGCAAAUUCUUGGCACUGUACAUCUGAAUCUCACAAAUCACACAGAUAGAGAGUUGGGUCCAUUCGAAGUCUGGUUAUCACAAAAUAGUGCACACGAGGAGAAGAUUGUUACGAUUUAUGGGCUUCAGACUAUGGCAUUACCGCAGGUGAAGGCAUUUGGUUCCAUUGAUUUCCAUCUGAACCUGAUUGCAGUUAAACUCGGAGUUCAGAAAAUAAGUGGAAUUACAGUGUCUGACACAAGAGAGAAGAAAACUUUUGACCCAUUGCCAGAUGUUGAGAUCUUUGUGGAGUCUGAUUGGCUAGGCUUUCUAAAGGUUGAAUCAUCUAUCACCUCAGCUAACGAUGCUUUUAUGUGUCAAGUGUCAUUGGCAUUAAUUAGAUAGAGCAGCGAAGAAGCAGCAAGCUAGUUCAUGGCAAGGGCGUCUUUUUGCCAUCUUUGUCACGGCAAAAGGAGAUUCGAGCAUAUUCUUUAAAUUAAAAAAAAAUAUCAUGUAUCUAUUAUUCAAUCAAGUACAUAGCAAUAUCUGUUUCUUUAACCACAAUGAACAUACAAUGUACCCCAUUUUUGAAGUUUUAAAACAUUAUAACUGGUCUGGAACGCCCAAUUCACCUCACGUUUUGCUACACUUUCCCAAAAUUUUCUGAAAUUCAAGAUCAAGAAAGUU